CCUUACAAUUUUUCUUGCUGUGUGAAAUGGGCCGUUGCAGUGGCUAAAGCCCUCUUCCUCUUUCCCAGAAGCUUUCAGACUUUCCUUCAGGACUAAUCCCAAGAAGCCACCUGUCUGGACUGAAGACAAGGCAAGGCAGCUGACUCAGUGCUUGCGCUAUGGGCAGUGAAUGCCAGGAGCGAUCAUGGCGUACUGGCGCAACUCCCUCAUCCUCGCCGCGUACGUCCUCAUCUUCCUCACGGGUCUCCCUGCCAACCUCCUGGCCCUGCGGGCCUUCAUCGGGCGGGUCCGCCAGCCCCACCCCGCCCCCGUGCACAUCCUCCUGCUCAGCCUGACGCUGGCCGACCUCCUGCUGCUGCUGCUGCUGCCCUUCAAGAUGGUCGAGGCCGCCUAUAACUUCCGCUGGUACCUGCCUGAGCUGCUCUGCGCCCUCACGGGCUUCGGCUUCUACAGCAGCAUCUACUGCAGCACGUGGCUCCUGGCGGGCAUCAGCAUCGAGCGCUACCUGGGAGUGGCCUUCCCCGUGCAGUACAAGCUGUCCCGCAAGCCUGUGUACGGAGUGAUUGCCGCCGUGGUCGCCUGGGUCAUGUCCUUCGGUCACUGCACCAUCGUCAUCAUUGGUCAGUACUUGAACUCAACCCAGGAGACCAGAAACACGGAUGGAAUCACCUGCUAUGAGAACUUCACUGAGGCGCAGCUGAACGUGGUGCUUCCGGUGCGGCUGGAGCUCUGCCUCUUCCUCUUCUUCGUCCCCAUGAUGAUCACCAUCUUCUGCUACUGGCGCUUCGUGUGGAUCAUGCUCACCCAGCCCCACGUGGGGGCCCAGAGGCGGCGCAGAGCUGUGGGGCUGGCCGUCGUGACCCUCCUUAAUUUCCUGGUGUGCUUCGGGCCUUACAACGUAUCCCACCUGGUGGGGUAUUACACGAGGAAAAGCCCCCCGUGGCGGGUUGAAGCCGUGGUGUUAAGUUCCCUCAAUGCCAGUCUGGACCCCCUGCUCUUCUAUUUCUCUUCAUCAGCUGUGCGCAGAGCCUUUGGAAAAGGGCUGCAGAUACUGCGACAUCACGGCUCCUCCCUGAUUGGACGCAGAAGCAGAGAGACAGCGGAGGGGGCGAGUGGGGACAGGGGUGUGAGUCAAGCCGAGGGAGCACCAAGUUCCGACUUCACCACAGAAUAGGGGUGUCCUGGACCUUUGGAGGCACUCUGGGUUACCUAGGAGUUGAGCAGACUGGGAGAGGGGGAGAAUGGGGGUUCCUAGCUCAGGGUCAGGAAUCCUCAGCCCUGACCCACUAUGGGGGCUGUGAAAACCUCUCUCAGCACCUUGGUGUCCCCUCCUGACUGAAGUUUCCUGCCCAAAGGAGCACAGCUCCGUGACAAAAAGAAGAAAUGGUUUGACACAGAAGCACCAUCAGACCAGGGUCUCGGAAGCAACAUAACUAACACAAAUCCGGUCCCUGUGAGGUCACUGGUAGCCGGGGAUGACCGGGCUCAAGCUGAGUCCCUCAAGCAAUCUUGCUAUAAGCUCUGAAACAACACCUAGACGCCGGUCUAGCUGUUGAUACUGGAAAGAAGCCAACGAGAAAGAGGUGGAAGGGAACACGAAAUGAGGUCAAAGAAGACUCAGGAAGGUUAUGAGCCAAGUGUGUGGGGGGGAAUUAAGAGGGAGGACUGGGGACUUAGACCUCUGACGGUCUGGGUUUGCACUAUUAUCGCUUCAACCUGCUGCCUUGUAAGUAUGCUCCAGUCGCCUUCAUGUGUGUAACUUGUCUCCCUGCGUUGAACCUGCCGGAGGUCUGGGUCUCGUCUUCUCCCUCCGUGGUGCCCCACACAGGUCAGGACACAGCCUGGCACCCAUCAGUCAGAGGUCAACACUGGCGAGGUCAGGAGUAGACAACCUGGCCUGGCAGAUUGAAAAUAAAGACGGUAAAACUCUGAA